AUGUCGGAUCCCACGGAAAACUGUUUUGUGAAAAGUUUGAUGGAAUCUUCCAAGAGACAGGAUCAGCUACCUCGGGUUAAGAAGAACUGUGUUUCAACCAGUGACAUUAUAGAGCUUUGUGAAAAGUAUAAAGACAAAACAGAUCUGCUUGUCAUUAGAGAUUUAGUAAUGAUUGUGCUCGCAUUCGCGGGAUUUUUGAGGUAUGAUGAGUUGAGGGCGCUGAGGGUGAGAGACAUUUCAUUUCAAGAUACCUAUCUUAAGCUUAUUAUUAGGAAAAGCAAAACGGAUCAAUAUAGGUUAGGUGAUGAGUUAGUGAUAGCAAGAGGCGAGACAGUAGCUUGUCCUUAUAGAAUCAUGCAGAAGUAUAUGUCUUUACUAGGAAGCACAGAUCCAGACUAUUUUUUGUUCAGGCCUCUGGUGCGUGGUAGAGCCAGCUGCAAACUUAUCCAUAAGAACAAGGCAUUGAGUUAUACUCGAGCUCGAGAAUGCAUAGUGAGGAGGCUGCGAGAAGUUGCAGUUAACCAGAAUUUGGGUUUGCAUUCACUCAGAGCUGGUGGGGCUACAGAGGCUGCCAAUAAUGACGUGAAUGAGAGGUGUUGGAAACGCCAUGGUCGUUGGAGAGGUGACAUUUCCAAGGACGGGUACAUUUAA